GCGGGCGGAGCGGGGAGGCGGCGCAGUCUGCGCGAUGGCGUUCCCGGGGCACCCAGGCGCCGGCGGCGGCUACUACUCGGGCGGGUAUGGGGGAGCUCCCGGAGGGCCUACGUUUCCCGGACAAACUCAGGAUCCGCUGUACGGUUACUUUGCGGCUGUAGCUGGACAGGAUGGGCAAAUAGAUGCUGAUGAAUUGCAGAGAUGCCUGACACAGUCGGGCAUCGCUGGAGGAUACAAACCUUUUAACCUGGAGACUUGCCGGCUUAUGGUUUCAAUGCUGGAUAGAGAUAUGUCAGGCACAAUGGGCUUCAAUGAAUUUAAAGAACUCUGGGCUGUCCUGAAUGGCUGGAGACAACACUUCAUCAGUUUUGACAGCGAUCGCAGUGGAACAGUGGAUCCCCAAGAACUGCAGAAGGCCCUGACAGCCAUGGGAUUUAGGCUGAGUCCCCAGGCUGUGAAUUCAAUUGCAAAACGAUACAGCACCAAUGGAAAGAUCACCUUCGAUGACUACAUCGCCUGCUGUGUCAAGCUUCGAGCUCUGACAGACAGCUUUCGAAGACGGGAUACUGCUCAGCAAGGUGUUGUGAAUUUCCCGUAUGAUGACGAGCAGCACUAGAUUUCUUUAGAAACUACAGCAACCACAGCAAGUUGAAAGCCCUAAUGAUGCCUCACUGUUUAAACAGAGAAGUUUAUUCCUUUCCACAGAUGACAUGUGGCCAGGGGAUCGCUUUCUAGCUGUGAGACCCCAGGGGAGGAUAUCACUUCCCGUCUAAAGAAAGACUGGCCAGCCGCACAGAGACCAGUCAGUCUGACCCAUCUGUUCCCUCGGGGCUCCCUGGUACCCACAC